AGUAUUCCAAAAUCAAAAUCAUAGCUGUGCCAAACACAUUUCAAACGGGCGAUAAAAUAAAUAAAAGAAAUUUUAUUCAAAAUUAUGAGUUGUGCAGAAUCUUUAAACAGAAAACUUCAUUGACUUAAGAAUAAAUUCAAAGUUAACCAUGGCGGAUCCAGACAUUUCGGAGAUCGAUCAGUCUGUGGCCCCGCCCAUAGGCGGCGAUAUAAACUUUAAUUUGAACAACGAGCGAUUAGAUUGCGAGCAUUUGGAUCACAUGACCGAUAGCUGGACCGACACGCAAAGACCCUCAUUCGUCACCGCACUGCUCAGAUUUUUCGGCAAUGUUUUUGUCGAUAUAUUCAACGCAAUUUUCAGCUAAAAAGCAGUUCUAAGAUCCACAUUUGAUUAAGGAAAGUUGUCGAUAAAGCUCAGUGUAUUCACCAAAUUGCAAAUAAAAUUGCUUAGUGAUCAAA